AUGGCGACGUUCUCAUUGAGACGAGGUAGCUGCUUGCUAUCACGAGCUUGCUUCCGCUACCUACCGGGAGCGUGUAAUUUCUGCUCCAAGGCUUCCGCGAUUGGCAACGUCAUAGAUGGCUGGACCAGAGAAGUGCCAGCUGAGAGACGUCCUUCGACCCGGUCGAGCAGCAGCAACGUUCAUCUUUCUCCUUUGUUCAGAGAUCCUACCUCACACUUGGAUCGCUAUGACAUCGAGCUCGUGGACAAUGAUGCUUGCCAGGUAACAUCCGGGAUAGCCCAUGCGUUUGGUGGAUUGGGUAAGAAAUCGGAACCACAAACUGUAAGUGAAGCAGCUCAUCACCUCGUUAAUGGGCACUCCUCCAUUUCUUCUCUGGAUGACCCCGAUUUUGAUGAGAUUGAUAACAUGAGAAUCCGGGGAAAUCUGUUCUACAAGCUUGAUCAGGACUCGAAAGAGUAUCAGGAGUAUAGCUUUGAUUUCCACCGAAGGAAGAAGAAAGGCGAUGAAGCUAGAGACAGCGGAAAGAAGGAAUCUUCAACGAAGAAUGAACAACCCAAGGAAAGCAAAAAGAACCAAGAUUCGUCCCUUGUGGAAGCCAAAAGAACAACCUUGAUUGUUAAGAACGGCAAGGCCUAUACUUUGAUGGACUGUGGCUCUGAUGUCCCUGAUAGUGUGGCGGAGAAGAAGAAGAAGGUUCGGACUCUGACAUUCAAUCAGCUCACAGCUCCAUACCACGAGCCAUUCUGUCUCGACAUUCAGAUAUCAAACGCAUCGGCUCGUGCAUCCGUCAUUCACCGAGGUACAAGUAAAGUAGUGGCUGUGGCACAUUCGAUAUCCAAGGACAUCAAAUUCGACAUGGGUUCUACAAGAAAUGAAGCCACUUGCCGUGCUGUUGGGCAGAUUCUGGCGCAGAGGGCACUGGAAGACGAUAUCCACAACCUGGUUUACACUCCAAGAAGCGGGGAGAGACUGGAAGGGAAGCUUCAGAUUGUGCUUCAGUCCAUUAUUGACAGUGGUCUUUCUGUGAAAGUAAAGCUCAAGCAGAGGAAACACAAGAAGAAGCUUAGCCUCCCACAAUAUUCCUCCUAG